AUGCAGUAUGUUGACGGCCUCCCUGUCCUCCCUAGGACCGAUACCGAGAUAGCCGCCGCCCUGGCCGCCACCCUGGCGAGACAGCCCCCGGUCUGCUUCCGCGACCAUACGCGCGGCCGGUGCAUUCACUGCACACUCACGGCCUCGCCGUGCACCUUCACCAAAGCCACGCCGUCGACGCCGUGCGGACGGUGCCGGCGGCUCGAGCUGAUUUGCAUGGUCCGGAGGCCGGGUACGGCGAGGCGGAUCGUCACGGGGGACGAGGUGGGGGACUGGAUUCCCGUGCAGCGGGUGGUCGAGGAGGCUGUCGGCGAGGGCGGGGCACGUGCGCUCGCCGAGAAAGCCAUGCGGGAGAGCGAGGAGGAGGGGACUAGGGCGGUGUUUGGAGACUCCUUCGGGGCGAAGGACGUCAGGAACUGGUCCCUGCCGAGGGUAUUCAAGGGCGGGGAAGACGGUGGUGCGCUUUGGCGGCAGUUUCUAACUAGGAAGGACGAGCAUGAACACAAGGAGACUAGGUGCUUGAACGGACACUCUCUACCCUCGGCCGUCGUCGAGAUAGAAUGA